UUGGGACCGGGCGGUGGGAGACCGGGGAAGACCGGGGAAGGGACGUUUAGUUUGAGACGGUGCUGGAGUAGGAUCAUGAAAGAAGAGGUGAAGGGAAUUCCUGUAAGAGUGGCGCUGCGUUGUCGCCCUCUGGUCCCCAAAGAGAUUAGCGAGGGCUGCCAGAUGUGCCUUUCCUUCGUGCCCGGGGAGCCUCAGGUGGUGGUUGGUACUGAUAAAUCCUUUACCUACGAUUUUGUGUUUGACCCCUCUACUGAACAGGAAGAAGUCUUCAGUACAGCAGUAGCACCACUCAUAAAAGGCGUAUUUAAAGGAUACAAUGCAACCGUCCUAGCCUAUGGGCAGACUGGCUCUGGAAAAACCUAUUCAAUGGGAGGUGCAUACACGGCAGAGCAAGAGAAUGAACCAACAGUUGGGGUCAUUCCUAGGGUAAUAAAACUGCUCUUUAAAGAAAUUGAUAAAAAGAGUGACUUCGAAUUUACUCUGAAAGUGUCUUACUUGGAGAUUUACAAUGAAGAAAUUUUGGAUCUUCUAUGCCCAUCUCGUGAGAAAGCCUCUCAAAUAAGUAUACGAGAGGAUCCAAAGGAAGGCAUAAAGAUUGUGGGACUCACUGAGAAGACUGUUUUAGUUGCCCUGGAUACUGUUUCCUGUUUGGAGCAGGGCAACAACUGUAGGACUGUGGCCUCCACAGCUAUGAACUCCCAGUCAUCCCGAUCUCACGCCAUCUUUACAAUCUCCAUAGAGCAAAGAAAGAAAAGUGACAAGAAUAGCAGCUUUCGUGCCAAGCUGCAUCUUGUAGACCUUGCUGGAUCAGAAAGGCAAAAGAAAACCAAGGCUGAAGGGGAUCGUCUAAAAGAGGUUGUUUCCAGUUUUUGGCCUAUUAUCAAUAAUGCCCAUAUGAACCUUCUUGUUUAUGUACCCUUGUGCAUAUGUGUGAAGAGUUUUCUAGAGUAUGUAUUUGGAAGUAGAAUUGCUGGGUCAUAGG